UGAAAAGGAAAUAUAAAGUUAGAUGGUGAGAGACAAACAGACAAGGAAGUAUAAAAGUCUGACAUGUUUAAAUUUAAAAAUGGCAUUUGCAAGUUCAAUACAAAAAAGUCAAAUUCCAGUUGGAUGUCAGUUAUGUGAAGUUGGAAAUAAGAUUAAUUGGAAAUGUAUCCUAUGCAACUUAUUGUUGUGCGACAAUUGUAAGGACAGGGUCCAUCUAAAGAUUGCUAAGGAUCAUAAAAUACUAGCCAUCAAAGAUAUAGGGAAACAGGAUGGAUCAAAUGAAACUUUCACAUUCAGUGAUGUCAAGUGUGAAGAACAUUUGGGGCAGUCUUGUUGUCUUUAUUGUAAAACUUGUAAUAAAAUUAUCUGUUUGAAAUGUGUUGCUAAAGUUCAUAAUGAACAUGAGUUAAUUGAAGAAGAAGACUACAAUAAAGGGAAGGUAAUGUUGAUGUCAAAACAGAUGAGUAAGAUUAAGUUUGAAAUAUCCAAAGAAUAUAUAACAGAUCUUACUGAUAUUCACCUUAUAGGAGUAUGUUCUGAUGGUUCUAUGUGGAUUGGGGAUAGUAUCAGAUCAACGUUACAACAUGUCAUACUAACAGAGAAUAGAACUGAAGUAAUAACAAGUUUAAACAUUCAGAUUUUUGGAAUGGCAAAAACUCAUUCAAAUAACUUUCUUGUCACAACAGAUUCGACUAAAAUUAAAUUAAUCAACACCGUGAAAGGUCAGAUAACAGAUUCCAUGUAUGAUGUAAAACCAUUGUAUCCAAUCUGUGUUCAUGUGACCAGUGAUCAAAAUGUCAUCAUAGGAGCCAAGUCUCCAGGAGAGAACUACUCUACCACAGGAAGACGUGUAGUUGUUGUAUUGGAUCAGGAAGGAAAACAACUAAAGGAAUAUUGCAAUCGUAAGAAACGAUUAUUUGAUUUGCCUAGAAUUCUAACCAGUACGAAACAUGACAAACAUUUUUUUAACUACCCUAGACGAAUAACCAGUGACAGUAAUGGUAAUAUCUGUUUUGUGGACUGGUUUUCUGAUGAUCGCAGAGGUCAAGUGGUAGUGUUAUCACCUGAAGGAGACAUACUAGGUAUUUACACUGGUCAUUCUGAUGUCAACACUAACAACAAUCCAUUUACACCUGUAGGAAUACUUACAACACCAUCAGAUAAUAUCGUUGUUACUGAUUUGAACAAUCAUUUACUGCAUAUACUGACUAACCAAGGACAAAUUAUUACCUACUACAACCUCCGUGACAUGGGAAUCUUGCAUCCAUACUCCCUUGCUCUUUCUACAUCAGGAACUAUCUAUAUAGGAUGUGUUAAUGCACCAGGAAGUAAAACAACUACAAAGGCCAAACUUUAUGAGUUAAAAUUUUCUGGAUUCUAGUGAUUUGCCUUGUUCUGUCUUCAUCAGGAACUAUCAAUAUUCGAUGUUUUAUCAUGAGUUUAGAUAGUCUGGAUUCUAUUGAUCAAGAAUACGAUUCAGAACAAUGAAAUAUUUUGAAACAAUAAUAAGAAUAAUAUAACAUUUAAUUUUAUUUUGGAAAGUACAAUGUAGUAAACAUUCAAAUUUUACCGAGACAGGUUUCAAUACCUUAAUUGUUUUUGUAUUGUCACAUUAAACAUUAAAUUUUAUCUUCAUGGCAAAGACUCAUUCAUCAUACCAAAGCUUCCCCAAAGCAUCAAGUUCAAACUGAGCCUUAAACAUGUAAAAAAAAUUGGUACAGGCUGCAACGUCUUUGUUAACAGAUGCCAUAUUAUACACGGUAGAUUUCUGAAGGAAAUUUCCUUUUUAAAGAUGCCAAUAUUGAUUUAAUAGAUUAAAUGUAGGAUGUCC